AUGGCUUACAACUCUCGAAUGAGUAUGGCUGGCUCUCAACAGCACAAUAAUCGGUCCCGCAAAAAGGAAGAUGACAAUGACGCAUUGAUGCGCCUGCCAGAUAAGGAAAUCGCAGGAUGUAUCAACGACAUUGGAAUCCCAUUCACUGCUGCAGAUUUAUUGAAGCCUAAUGCGCAACAAAUUCAAAUGGUGUUUGAGUGGUUCGCAGAGCUUCUUAUGAACAUCACACGCGAGACGGUUGAGCCGGCGAUGCAUGCCGCCGCUGAAGAUAUUUGCGGCGACUACCCCGACAUCAUUCCCAACGACACGCGCAACCUCAUGGGUUUUUUCGUGAGCAUCCGGACAUUGCUUGCCGAGUGCGGCGUAAACGACUUCACCUUCACUGAUCUCACAAGACCGACCCACGACCGUCUGGUCAAGAUCUUCUCCUACCUCAUCAACUUUGUCCGUUUCCGCGAGUCGCAGACACCAGUGAUAGACGAGCACUUCAACAAGACUGAGAAAACAAAGACUCGGAUUGAGCAACUCCUGGCUGAGAACCAGGAAAUGCAGCAGCGCCUGGCCGAAAUGCGCCGAGACCAACAAGCCAACGAAAUUCAAGUUCGAGAGAAAGUCGCGCGAAACGAUGCUCUUAAAGCUCGACUCCGAGAACUGGGAGCGGAGCAAUCGCGCGUGGCAGAGACGCUUGAUCGGGUCAAGGGGGACAGGGCACGGCGACAACAGCAGCUAGAGGAGAAAAUGGAGCGAACCGUCCGCGCGCGGCAGGAAGCCGAAAAAUUGCGGCCUUAUGUCCUCGAGUCCCCCGUCACACUUCAAACUUCAUUGACCGAGCUGGCCGAGAAUCUGAUGCGCGAGAAGGCGCAAAUCGACGCGAUGGAACGGCGCGCUCGGGCGCUUCAGACCUCAUCCGAUACCUUCACAGUCGUUUCGAACGAUGUGCAAGCGUGUGUCAAAUUGCUCGAGGAUAUCUCCAACGAGCUUCAGAAAGAGGAAGAGGAAGAGGCCCGCGCCGCGCGAAACAAGGAUGCGAUCUCAGACAAGGGUAACACCGUGCGAGAAGUCGAGCAGACAGAAAAGCUCCUCCAACGCCAGCUGGCACGUUGGCAAGAACGUAUCGAAGCGUUGCGCAAAUCGGCUCAGGAAAAGGCCGAGGCUGCACAGGUGCGGAUGGAAGAGCUCCGAAUCGUACAAAAGCAGCUCCGCGAAGAGCGCGCCGAAAAGCAGCGGGACAUGGAACGGAGAAGAAUUCGAAUUGAGCAAACGGAGAAGAAGAUGGUUGAUCUCAAAGAGAACAUUGAAGGCGAGAUUCAAGCGGCCCAUGACCAGUACCUGAAGCUUGAAUCCCACAUCAAGCUGUAUAUCACCGAGAUGGAGAAGUCUCUGUGA